AUGUCUAUUGAGGCCAAUUCGGACACAAAAUUGACAGUAAAAGAGUUGAUCACAAAAUCCAAUGCAUUGGCGAUGGCUUUGUUGGAGAAGGGGAUCAAUAAAUCAGAUAUUAUACUCACUUUUGCCAAUAAUUCAAUUGAAUUGGUUAUCGCAAUAUUUGCGAGCAUAUGGUUGGGCACAACUAUAUGCCCAAUCAGUCCCAUCGCUAAUGUCCACGAAAUAGAGAGCCAUUUGGAAAAACUAGACUCUUUGGUGAUCUUCACGUCAACAACUAAAACCGAAAUCAUAUCCAAAGCGUUAAAAAACAGCAAAAUAAAUGAUUGCGUGAAAUUGAUCACUAUAUUGGACGGCACUUAUGAUGAAUACAUCGAUUUUUGUGAAUUACUUAAACUGGGAUCCAAUCAACGGUUGCCAACCGUCCCAUACUUUACUGUCGAUCCCGUGAAAGAUAUAUUUUUAAUGUUACAAAGCUCUGGGACUACAGGAGUGCCCAAAUCUGUGUUACACACACACUAUGGCUACUCUUUGAUAGUAAACUACGAGUGUUGGACUCCGGGAAAGAAACCUGUAUUUGGGAACAUAACUCCGUUUGGGAGUCUCUCGGGUUCGGGCUUUUUAUUUCGCUUCGUAACCUCUGGCGUACCAAUCGUUAUAUACCGAGCGUUAAGCGAGCAGUUGAUCGUUAAGAGUAUUGAGAAAUACAAAAUCACAUUCAUGUUUAUAACGCCCCCAUUGGGACACCGACUCAUCGACGGACAACUCGUUGAUAAUUAUGAUCUCUCGAGCCUUCAAUUCGUAACAGUGAGCGGAGCGGCCUUUUCGGCCACAGUUGCCAAAACACUAAUCCACAAAUUUAAUGUUAAAUUCACCCAGGGAUACGCGAUGUCUGAAUAUGGAUUAAUAACAGAUUUUCUUGAGGUUGAUCCCAAUGAAUAUGAGUUGAUCGAGGGCAAUUUGGGUCGACCCAUUGCUAACACCGAAAUAAAAGUGAUUGAUUUGACAAACGGAUCAAAUUUAGGGCCCAAUAGUGACGGCGAGAUCUGUGUUCGCGGACCUCAAAUGUUUGCCGGAUAUUUAAACAACUCGUUGGCCACCAAUGAAGCCAUAGAUAGCGAGGGAUGGCUUCACACCGGAGAUAUCGGUCAUUAUGACCAACAAAAUCGCUUAUUCAUAACCGAUAGACUCAAAGAACUGAUCAAA